CAAAAUUACAAUAGAAUUGCAAAUGCCAAGAUUUGUCGCUGUAGUUUCGUAAAAUCAGUCAAUCGUUUAUUUAAUUAAUUAAAUAAAUAAGUAAUAGUGCUAUUCAUGUGCGUUAAGUGAAUUGUGGAUCGAAAUCAAUUUGCUCCAGAAUUUUAGGAAAUUUAUUUACGAUACCAGCUGUUGAUAAUUAAAUUACUGAAAAUGUAGCGCAAAAAAUAUAUAACGGUAAAGUUAUAAAUAAAGCCUAAAUAGUAGAAUAUAAGAGCCGCAUAACGGGGCUGUCGGUCUAUAUAAAUUUGGAGGUCUUUAAAUACACAUGAGUUUUGAUUUCAAUGAAAUCUUCCUACAACAAUCUGCUGCCAAAAGACAAAUGCGUUCAAGUACAAAUAAAGUGAAUAUAUUUGAAAUCUCCAUUCUCUCUGUUCAUCAUGAAGCAGCUAGCAGCUUGGUAUCAGAAAAAAAUAAGUUCAUACGACAAGGAAGAAUGGGAGACAAUGGUGGAACAGCUUCUGAUGCGUGGCACCUACCGCCGGCGCAUCGUAGACUUCUCAUCGCACGCGCGCUCUUACCUCAUCGAUGUUGACUUAGUUAGAGGCUCAUCAUUCCCAAAAGCAAAGCCGACGUUAAGCAUGCGUCGUGUAAUAUGGUACGCUCUAGUCCGACUAUUGUUCCUACCCGUGCUAUACCAGUGGUGGACGCAACAAACCUCGCCGGCCUGCGCCAAGUUCCUCCUCACGCUGUGGCUCAUGCAGGUCCUCAACAUCACCAUAUACUUCAUGACACCAGAGACCGUUGACAACGACCCGAACUGUUGGCUAGUGCCUCUAGGUCUGAUGUUGGUGCUUAGCAUUGUACACUCACAGAUAGUCAGUACGACUGAAAUGGAACUGGCUCGCGUGAGGCCACGGGCCACAUUCCGACGCAAAUUACCGAGAUAUUUCAGGCGACCUAGAUCAGAUUGUGAUGGUGGCAGCGGUGGCGGCUCUGCGGAAAGUGGCGCCACCUCGAGUCAGAGCAAGACACCCACUUCCAAACCGGCAAAGUUUCGACGGAGACAAUCACGCACAGAAAUUGCUGAAAAUGGCCUCAGAAAACGUAAAAAAGAACUGACAAAAGAGAACCUGAUCAAAAAUUUAGAGCCGGUUAAAAAUAAAACGAUCGUGAAAAUGAAGGCUAAAGACUCUGAUGAUGAAGACUAUAUGGUUUGGAAGAAGCCUGAUGUGACGGCACCUAUAGUGACGUUCACCCCACCGCCAGACGACGCUACACCUAGCACCUCCUUCCGAUACAAACCUAACGUGCUAACUAAGAAACAACUAGAAUCUUUCAACGUGAGACAGAACCAACAAAUGCUAGCCAGAGUCCUAGCCGACGGAGACGAUGGCUUCGAAAGCCUGAACGGGUACAAUUCCAACGGCAGCGAAGGUGAAAGAGUUAAACAUGAGACUGAAAACUUAAUCCAAAGAGAAGCUAAGAGAACUAACGAACAAAAUAACGAACCUAAAGAGAACAAUAGUCCUGAUAAAUCAGCUGAGACUUCUGCGGAGACUGCUAAAAAUGAAGAGACAAUAAAAGACAAUGAUGAGACUGGAGAUUUAAAGAAAGUCGAUGAUAAGUCUGAUGCCGAUUCUGAUGGUGUUGCUGCUACUAGCAGUCCUAGUACAGGGAAACGAGUCGGAGUACGAUUUAGAAACUCCUGGGCCCAAGAUGGCAUACGUUUGCAAGAAACCAGUGAUGAAGAUUUCACUGUUCAUAAGAAGAAAGAAAAGAAAUUUGACAAUUACCAGUCAUCGUCAUCGGACGGAGAAUGCUCGGCGUCCGCCCCAUCCAUCGCACUACCAUCCCACCAUACCAUGUCUGAUUGGGUUGGCCAAACUACUAACAGUAAGCAUCAAUUAUGUGAAGAGAGUAGUUAUGGUUCUCAGUCAGAAGGUGGACAUUCAGAUGUUGGGUUUUCCUACACGGCUGAUAGUUCCUGGGAUCCGUUCGCUAUACUCGACCCCACUAGUGAUACAGUAAAAUGCACGAUGUGGGAGCGUGGUUCCACCCUUCGCGCGGAGCUAUCAGCGGUGGACAUAAGUUGGUACGUGGUGGCGCGCGCCGAGCGAGCCAUGGCGGCUGACGGCUGUCUAUGGGCCGGGCUCGCUAUGGCCGCCGCAGUCGCACUCGUUAAACCUAUUAUACGGUUUGCUCAGGUGGCGGCAGAACUGGACAGUAGAACAGAAGAGGAACUGCAGGCGCUCUCCGUGAUCACUUACUUCCCGACGCUAGUAGCCAACUACAAGGGGUCGCUGCUCUCUAUAUUCAUCGGUGCUUUUGGUGAUAACAUUUGGGUGGUAUCAACGAACCUGUUGUCCUGCAUGCUGCGUUUCGCGCUGGGUGCGCUAGUGUUCUUCCUGCUAGCAGUAGCGGAGCGAGCAUUCAAGCAACGGUUCCUAUACGCCAAGCUGUUCUCACACCUCACUUCAGCACGACGGGCCCGGAAAUCUGAACUACCACACUUCAGACUGAAUACAGUCAGGAAUAUCAAGACUUGGCUGUCUACACGGUCUUAUUUGCGACGCCGUGGCCCCCAGCGUUCCGUGGAAGUGAUCGUGUCGGCCGCAUUCAUGCUGAUUGUGGUACUACUCGGCUGUGUCAGCACACACCUGCUAAGGUGUAAUAAUACUCAGGACUCAGUGACGUUAGAGAGCGGAUGGCUACUGGAAGUACUACUUUGGAGCUUCUGCAUCGGCAUAUACCUGCUACGACUUGGCACUUUGGGUAGCAAUGUGAACAAAAAGUACCGCGGCUGUCUCUCCGCCAUACUUACUGAGCAGAUCAACCUCCAUCUUGCCAUUGAACAGAGGCCAGAAAGCAAGGAACAACUUACUGUCGCAAAUAACGUGCUCAAAUUGGCUGCUGAUUUACUAAAGGAACUGGACGCACCCUUUAAGAUAUCAGCGUUAUGCGCCAACCACUACCUCUAUACUAUCACCAAAGUGGUAAUCCUAUCAGCAUUGUCAGGCGUACUAUCAGAGAUGCUUGGCUUCAAGCUGAAACUACACAAAAUCAAAAUUAAAUAAAAGCGCAGAGACUUUGUUGCACUGUGCAACGAUCAAGUCUACUAGUCUGAGAGGCCAUUUACAUUAUUUAUAUGACAUCUUACUGCGCUAAAUCACAAAAACAUAUUUAAAUAUCUAAACAUCAUGUUGCGCAUAAUAUUAUAACUUAAAACUUUUAGUAAUCUUACUAAAUGAACUUCUAAUCAUAACAAUCUAACUGCACUUAGCAAAAUUAAAAAUCUUAUUCAACGUUUGUUAAUAAUAACCCACUGUAAAUUAUUGUUUGAUUUCAAAAACGUAGGUAGUUAAUGUUAUAGUAAAUUUCUAAACAGGGAUGUAUUAUGUAAGUAAGCAAAUACUUUUAUGUAGUUUUUCGAAUUAUUAACUAAAAAUAAUCAAAUAUUUCAGAUAUUUAGCUUUUUUCUGAAACUUUUAGAAUACUCCCGAACUAUGUACAAUCGGCAAAACUAUUUGGUAAACUGGUAAGAAAAUAAAGAUUGAUUAAUGUCCGAGUACUCAAAGGCUACUCAAUUUUAAGACUCUCUCAAAACUAGUUCUAUUCCUAUCAUUUUUUUUUAAAAUGACAGAGAUAUCACGAUAUUUAAGUGCAACUAAAAAUUGAGUAGCAUUUCAGUAUUCGGGCGUAAGUGCAGAAAUAGUAAUUAUACAGCUAUUGAUCCAAUCAUUGGUUUCGAGAGAUUAGCUAAAUAACAACGUCUAAUUAUCUCUGUGUCAGUUUAUUUUCUUAUCCAAAUAGUUUGGCUGACUGUACACACAGUAAAGUUAACCUCUUGUUGGUUGUAUUAUUUUGUUUAUCGGAAUAUAUUUGAAUUAUUUUUAAUCUACAAACAUAAUUGACUGAUUUGUACCACUUCUAAAAAGCAUAGUUUCCAUGUGCCAAAUGUUAUUUUUAGAUAACUUCUCGUUUGUUUUAUUUUGCCAUAAAAAUAGCAUAUUUCGCAUAACUUAUUUUUCUUUUAAAUAGACUAAUGGUCUAUAUGUUAAGUAUUCUUCUUGCUCUCUACUUUUGUGAUAGAGAGAUCUUUUAUUUCAAAUAAAUUAUGGCAAUCGAUUUUCUCGUUGGAAAUAUGUACUAUUUAACUAUCGUUAUUUUAUGAGGUGUUUUACAUGUAAUUUGUACAUAACUAAGCAACUUGAGGCCUUUCUUAUUAUAUCGUCGGUUAUUCUAGAAGUUGUCAUGUUUUACACUUAAUACUGUGUUAGAUUUAAUAUUUUACAAUCGACCAAUUUGAUCCAUGACCUGCUUUCACAAUUAAUUAAUCACAUUAAAAUAUCAGAAAUUCAAAAUCACUAAUGUCGAACUUAAAAUUUAUGUAGGGUCUUAAAUAAAAUUUGUCGAUUGUACCCAAAAGUAAACAAAAGGUAAGGGCUAUGAAGUGCGCUAAACGAAACGCAUUACCCUCAGCUGUCACAGGAGUUUGUUAUCUACGCAACAAUCCCUGAGUUCAGAGCAAUUUUUAUUUUUCAACUAGGUACUUUAUAAUAAUUAUUUAUUUACAUCUUUUUUUUUCUCGUUAAUAGUAUGAUGCUAUAUUUGUUAUGAUCUCAUUUAAACUUUUAGUUAAUUUAAAUCUACUAUAAUCUAGCUGAAUGAAGUCUACUGUUCAGGAUAAAUUACGAUAACUAUUAAUUAUUAUGUUAUCGGCUUACUAACGUAACUGUUUGACGAGGAACUCGACUAGCGUAGUUCCGCGACACACGACGCGGUGUUUAUCACGCUGCUACUCUUGUGAAUAAACCGAUAACAUAAUGAUUAAUUUAGUAUGUCUCACGAAAGUUAUAAUUAAAUAUAAUAGCUUUGAAAUAAUAUCCCACACUGACUCUGAUAAAUGUUGCCUACCUUACUUUUUAAUGGUAAACUAAGAAAUUCUUAAAACUUUAUAGUUGAUAUUUAUAACUGAAUAUGAAUUUGGUGUUUUGCCAUAUUACCUAACUAAGGUAUGAUACAAUUAUGGUUUCUGUGGAAACGUGAUUUUAUUGUUAUUUUACAUAUAUAAAACAUGGUUUUCAUUAUAAAUGACAUAAUAUAUUGUUAUAUGAAUGUUUUCAAACAUUUCCGUUCAUUUAUGUUAUCAGCAAUCAUUGUAUUACAUGAAUGGGUAACUAUAUAAUAUUAGGUUUUAGUUCAAUAAAUGCCAUUAUUUUUAUACGUUAACUUUAUAUCUUAUGUUCCUAAUCAUUCUGUAUUGUUUAAAUAUUCUCAAAAAGACAGUUAAUGUAAAUAGAUAGUAAGUUAUUUUUUUAUUUACUUUUUUAUAACAAAACAUAUGAAUUGUAUCCACUCUCACACUGAUGUUUUAAAUAUACAAUUCGUAAGAAAGAAUUCAAUAUGCUUAAUGUUAGUAGUUGUUUGCAAUUAUUACCAUGAAGAUUUUCUAGACUAGCCAAAAUGUGUUAAGUCUUAGUUUGCAUAAUCUUAAAUAUUGUAAUAGAAAAAAAUGUAGGUGCUUUCUUAAAUCGCUGACUGGUAUUUUUAAAUACCACGUAUUGUCGUUACAUUUAGUUUUAAGUAGAUUCUCAUGUGAGCAUAAAAUGCAUCACAAUGAGGCAACAAAUAAAUUAAUUAUACUUAGAA